UAUAAUAAUUCGUAUUUAAACGUACUCUUUGAUAAAAGUUCAAAUUUAAAUUAAAAUUCUUCUAUUAAGUUAGAUACAAACUUAGAAUUUUUUCUGAAUUAAUUUAGAAACCUAUAUUUAUAAAAAAGAUAAUGGAUUCCGAUCUGUAUGAUGAAUUUGGUAACUACAUCGGUCCAGAACUUGAAUCUGACGAAGAAGAAGAACAACAACCGCCUUCACCUGAUCCUGAACCUCAGGAUAUUGAUAUGAUCGAAGAAGGUGAUGAUGGACCCGAUGAACCUGGUAUGAGUGUUGUAUUACAUGAAGAUAAAAGAUAUUAUCCUUCUGCCGUUGAAGUAUAUGGUCCAGAAGUUGAGACAUUAGUACAAGAAGAAGAUGAAUUACCUCUCACAGUUCCAUUAAUAACUCCAGUAAAACAACACAAUUUUCAAAUCAAAGAGCAGGUUUUACCUUAUACUACAUACAACAUGGAAUAUUUAGCAGAUUUGAUGGAUAUUGCUGGUCUUGUGCGUAACAUAGCUCUACUUGGUCAUCUACAUCAUGGUAAAACCAGUUUGGUUGAUUGUUUGAUUCGUCAAACACAUCCUGAUUUAGGUCAGCUUCACAUGGAUGCAGCUGAUGCAGAUUUAAUGCGUUAUACAGAUACAUUAUUAACAGAGCGUCAAAGAGGUGUUAGCAUCAAAGCAACUCCUGUAACGUUGGUAUUACCUGAUGUCAAUUCAAAAUCAUAUUUAAUGAACAUAUUUGAUACACCAGGACAUGUAAACUUUUCUGAUGAAGUCACUGCAGCUUUAAGAAUUUGUGAUGGAGCUGUUAUAUUUGUUGAUGCCGCUGAAGGAGUAAUGUUAAACACAGAAAGAUUGAUAAAACAUGCUAUUCAAGAAAAAGUUGCCAUUACAAUUUGUAUAAAUAAAAUAGACAGAUUAAUGUUAGAAUUAAAACUACCUCCACAAGAUGCUUAUUUUAAAAUAAAACAUAUAAUUGAUGAAGUAAAUUCUUUGUUGAGCUUACAUUCUCAAAAUGACCCUUCUCGUAUUGUAUCCCCAAUUAUAGGAAAUGUUUGUUUUGCUUCAUCACAAUAUGCUGUUUGUUUCACACUCAAAUCUUUUGCUAAAUUAUAUGCAAAUCAUUAUCCUAAUGUCAAGGUUGAUAGUUUUGCUAAAGUAUUGUGGGGAGAUGUUUAUUUUAAUUCAAAGACUAGAAAAUUCUCCAAAAAAUCUCCACAUAAUAGUGCUCAAAGAAGUUUUGUUGAAUUUAUAUUAGAACCUUUGUAUAAACUAUUUGCCCAAGUAAUUGGUGAUGUAGAUACCACAUUACCAGAAGUUCUCGAUGAACUUGGAAUUAAAUUGACUAAACGAGAAAUGAAUAUUAAUAUUAGACCUCUAUUACGACUUGUUUGUGGCCGCUUUUUAAAUGACCUUAGUGGUUUUGUCGAUAUGUGUGUAAACCAUAUUCCAUCACCUGCAGAUAAUGCAAAAAAUAAAAUUGACACAAUUUACACUGGACCACAAGAUACAGAACUUGCUAAAGAUAUGCUUGAUUGUAAUCCUGAUGGUCGUUUAAUGGUACAUAGUACUAAAAUGUAUCCUACUGAUGAUUGCACAUUCUUCCAAGUAAUGGCACGAGUAAUGAGUGGUACCCUACAUGCCGGACAAGAAGUAAAAAUUUUGGGAGAAAAUUAUUCAUUAAUGGAUGAAGAAGAUUCUAGAGUUAUGACAGUAGGUAGAUUAUGGGUUCAUGAAGCACGAUAUAAAGUUGAAGUUAAUCGAGUACCUGCUGGAAAUUGGGUUCUGAUAGAAGGCAUUGAUCAACCAAUUGUUAAAACAGCUACAAUUACUGAUCUAAUAACAACUGAUGAUUUGUACAUAUUUAGACCAUUAAAAUUCAACACACAAUCGGUCAUAAAAAUUGCUGUUGAACCUGUUAAUCCCUCAGAAUUACCUAAAAUGUUAGAUGGCUUGAGAAAAGUUAAUAAGUCUUAUCCAUUACUUGUUACACGCGUUGAAGAAUCAGGUGAACAUGUAAUUCUAGGAACUGGUGAACUUUACUUAGAUUGUGUUAUGCAUGAUUUAAGAAAAAUGUACUCCGAAAUAGACAUCAAAGUCGCAGAUCCAGUUGUUGCUUUUUGUGAAACUGUUGUUGAUACAUCUUCAUUGAAAUGUUUUGCUGAAACUCCUAAUAAAAGGAAUAAGAUAACAAUGAUUGCAGAACCAUUAGAAAAAGGACUUGCUGAAGAUAUUGAAAAUCAGAUUGUUGACAUCUCAUGGGACAAAAAAAAAAUUGGAGAAUUUUUCCAAUCAAAAUAUGAUUGGGAUUUAUUAGCUGCACGUUCUAUCUGGGCUUUUGGUCCAGAUACUACAGGUCCUAAUAUUUUAGUAGAUGAUACGCUUCCAUCUGAAGUAGAUAAAAAUGUUUUAAGAUCCAUCAGAGAUUCAAUUGUUCAAGGCUUCCAAUGGGGUACUAGAGAAGGUCCACUUUGUGAAGAGCCUAUUCGAAAUGUUAAAUUUAAAAUAUUAGAUGCUGUAAUAGCACCAGAACCUUUACAUAGAGGAGGAGGUCAAAUAAUACCGACUGCUCGUAGAGUUGCUUAUUCAGCUUUUCUUAUGGCUACACCACGGCUAAUGGAACCAUAUUUAUAUGUAGAAGUACAAGCACCAGCUGAUUGUGUAUCUGCUGUUUAUACUGUGUUGGCUAAACGUAGAGGUCAUGUAACACAAGAUGCUCCUGUUCCAGGGUCACCACUGUAUACUAUUAAAGCAUUUAUUCCAGCUAUAGAUUCAUUUGGUUUUGAAACUGAUUUGCGUACACACACACAAGGUCAAGCUUUUUGUUUGUCAGUUUUCCACCAUUGGCAGAUUGUUCCUGGUGAUCCACUUGACAAAAGCAUAGUUAUUAAACCAUUGGAACCUCAACCAGCUACUCAUUUAGCACGAGAAUUUAUGGUUAAAACUCGCAGAAGAAAAGGUCUAAGUGAAGAUGUUUCUAUUAACAAGUUCUUUGAUGAUCCUAUGUUGUUGGAAUUGGCUAGGCAAGAUGUUUCUUUAAAUUAUCCUAUGUAAAUAUAUUCAAUAUGAGAAUUUCUAUUAUUUGUGUAUUAUUCACUUAAAUGUAUUAUAUUUGUAAUGUGUAUUGGAAUAGUUAAUAAAUUAGUUAUGAUAUAUUUAAAACAUAAUA